AUGCCCCUCAAGGUACAAUUGCUUGCGGCCAUGCUGCGACAUGGCGCCAUCGAUCUCAGUUUGACGCCCAGCAUUGUCAUAAUUCCAUGGAAUGGGGCUCAUCCACUAAUCUCGAGCUGCAAAUUGACACACAGAGAUGAGCUGGAACACAUCUCACUUUUUGGUCCGGUUGGUCCUUGGCAAGCUAUUACCCUCGGCAUUCAGCUCAACAGGACGAGAGAGAUUCGCACUAUCAAUCUUUUACCUGCGGACAAUCUGGGUUACACAUACAUACCGACUGCUGAGCUAUGUGCGAUUCAAGGCACCAACGAAUAUUGCGGCAUCGGUGGAGUGACGGAUUACCCCAGUAACUUCACAAACACAGUCCACUGGGCCAACAGAGAUGACUUCUACGUAUCUGGCACCGUCUCGACAGUCAUGGUAAACAGUGUAACUCAACGUGCAUCAAACGUGACCGUCAUACCGAUGACAGAUGCGACGAACACGCACAUGAAAUAUCCCACCGGCGAUGUACCAGGCGCUGAGAUCGGAUUCUUCUUCAAAGGUGGAUCAGGCUCUGACUCGCUUUGCCCCGAGGUAGGGUGCGAUUUCACGAGAUCCAUAUACAAUUCGAAUCAGAUCAGCUCUAUGUCCUAUGGAAUGCACCUAGGAUCUGUCAGCAUGGGCCAACGAGGUUCGUUAGUCUUGGGUGGCUACGACAGAUCCCGCAUUGCUGGCCCUUUGAUAUCAGCUAUACGUGGCUCACUGAAUUCUUACAACACCUUCGAUCCUAACAGUUUCCGGCUGCAAGACAUCAGCAUUGCAGUCGAGACCGGAGGGUCGCCGUUUACGUUCAGCAACAAGACAGGGCUGUUGGCUGGAGAAGGGACCAGCUCGUCUCAGCCGGUCCCUGUGAUACUGGACUCCUCAGCCGCCUACAUUGGCCUACCUGAAGCCGCCGCUACAGCGAUAGCAUCCAAAUUGCCCGUGACCGACCCCUCCUGCGCCCAGAUUAAAACCUCUGCCGCCUACCUUGGCUUCUCUUUCACUGGCGUUAGCUCGAACGAACCUUCAAGCGUCACUAUCAAAGUCCCAUUCAGGCUUCUCAACCUCACGCUUGAGCCACGUGCAUCUGGUCUUGAAACUGCUGUGCCCUACUUUCCCAUCCGCGUCUUAGAACGAAGCGACUACGAGUUCUACAACUUUGGCCGAGCGUUUCUGCAAGCUGCUUUCGUGGCCGAGGAUUUCAGCAGUAACUCAACAUGGAUGGCCCAGGCGCCCGGUCCUGGAGGAAUCGACGCUGAUAUCGUGGAUUUGGAAGAGGGGGUGGGAUUGACAGGGGCUGACAUGGAUGACGAAGCAUUCAGAGACAGUUGGGAGGGUCACUGGAGUCCAUUGUACGGUGAUGCACGAACUCAGCAAGACGGUGAUGACAGUGAUUUGAGUGGAGGUGCAAAGGCGGGAAUCGUGGUUGGUGUGUUAGCAGGCAUCGGGCUUGUUCUUACGGCGAUAUUCUUCUACUUCCGCCGAAGGAGACGUUCUCUGCAGCAACAUCGUCUGACCACGCCCGAAGGAGAUAAGGUUGCACCAGUGGAACUACAAGACACGGCAAGGAGGGUAGAGAUUGAGGGAUCGGAGACAUUCGAAGUCGCAACGAAACUCGACGCAGGACAAUCUUCACCAGAACCUCAAGAGCUGCCGGGUAGUCCAGCGAAAUAG